AUGGAAAGAACUCAAAUGCAUCGACAGCUUGCUAACAUGAGGAAGUCUCUUUUCGAUCAGGGAUAUCUAGACGAACAAUUUAUUCAGUUGGAAGAGUUGCAGGACGAUGCUAAUCCUAAUUUCGUGGAGGAAGUUGUUACAUUGUUCUAUAGAGACUCAGCUCGAUUAAUCCAAAGCAUAGACCAAGCACUGGAUAAGAGCACUCUUGAUUUUACUAAGUUGGAUGGCUACAUGCACCAGUUCAAAGGGAGUUGUUCCAGCAUUGGAGCAAAAAAAGUGAAGAGUGAGUGCACACAGUUCAAGGAAUACUGCAAGGCAGGAAAUGGAGAAGGAUGCAAGAAGACUUUUCAGCAAGUGAAGAAAGAAUAUGCAACACUUAAAAAGAAGCUUGAAGCUUAUUUCCAGUUUGCAAGGCAAGUUGGGCCUGUUGAGACUGCAUGUCGGCCCAAGUAA